AUGGCGCCCCUGCUGCUGCGCUCCCAGCCGCUGCUGCUGCUGCUGCUGCUGCUGCAGUGCUGCUGGCCGCUUUGGGCCACCCAGAACAGCACCAGCACCGACAGCAGCAGCAGCAGCAGCAGCAGCAGCAGCAGUUCUUCGGGGGCGGGCGGCCUCGAAGAGCUGUGGGCGAGGCGGCCGGAGACACAGGAGGAGAACGAGAGCUUCCAAACCACAGCAGCAGCAGCAGCAGCAGCAGCAGCAGCAGCAGCAGCAGCAAGAGAGGCGGAAGCAGAAGUGCUGUCGUUCGAGGAGCCCGGCGGCGUGGGCACGCUGGACGUGGACGCAGCAGCAGCAGCAGCAGCAGCAGCAGCAGGAGCAGCAGGAGCAGCAGCGUACCCGCCGUCGGCGCGGACGCAGCAGCAGCUGCUGCUGCUGCAGCAGCAGCAGCAGCAGCAGCACGACCAAGACAUGCUGGACUUCAAAGAAGCCCUCAAAGCUCAACUCGGAAGAAGUGCCAAACAAGUUCAUGGUUUGCGUCAAGACAUAAACUGGUUGAAGUCUGCAGUCAAGGACUUGGACCUCACCACCGAAACCCUCAGCCAGCCGCACCCCUCGCAGCCGCUGCUCGACCUCCUCUCCGAGAAAACCUCCACAUUGGAGGAAAGGGUUUUGAAUUACAUUUCGGGAAACUUUACGGAGUUUAAGGAGCAGCUGGAGGAGCUCACGGCCCUCAAGUUGCUGCCUUUCCACCAGGCAAACCCUAAACCCUAA